AUGUCUUAUGUAAUAGCUGGAAAGGCCAUAAAGGUGAAACGAAUAUCUACAUUAAAGACGAAGAUGGAAAAGAUCAUCCCAGAAUAUACAAUGACGUUGCUCACUUUAAGCGCUUUGGGAACUAUCUUCGCUGCUGUUGGAGCAGCAGUAGUUUCAUCAGGUGGUAGUAAAAAAUCUUCUUCCACUAUCCCUCCUAUUGCCGAAACGGUGAAAAGUGAAUCUAAAGAAGAAGCUGAUUUAUCUCACAAGAUGCUAGAGAUUGGAUAUUGGGUCAUGAUUGGAAUAUUGGGUCCUGAUUGGAAUAUCGGGUCAUGA